GGCAUCGGAAGGGGCCUUGUGGCACAUUAUCUUGCCCAGCCAGACACAACUGUUAUCGGUACUGCCCGAGACGUCUCUUCUGCAAAUGCGAAAGAUCUCAUUGAGCUGCCAAAGGGCGAAGGCUCUCGCCUGAUCGUCGUGCGUCUGAGCUCUGAUAGCCCACAGGGCGCGAUAGAGGCUGUAUCGGAGAUCCAGACGCAGCACAGUAUUGGACAUAUUGAUACUGUCAUUGCUAAUGCCGGCAUUUGCAACCACUAUGGACCAGUAGUAGGAAUGACUGACUUCGACGUGCUGACUCACUUUGAAGUAAAUACACUGGGACCGCUCAGACUGUUCAGAGCUGUUGCGCCGCUGCUGCAGAAAGCCAGUACUCCCAAGUUUGCUUAUAUUUCUACGCUCCUGGCGAGUAUCCAUGAAAUUGAACAGAUCCCUUCGUUGACCACCGCGUAUGGAAUGUCGAAGGUGGCUGGAAACUAUCUUAUAAAGAAGAUCGAUGCGGAGAAUCAGUACUUGAUCGCUUUGCCAAUUGAUCCAGGAAUGGUACAGACUGACAUGGGGAGUCGCGCGGCACAAGCCAAUGGGCUAGAGAAGGCUCCGGUGACCGUCCAGGAUACUGUUCUUGGGAUCACCAACCAGGUUGAGGCAGCGACAAAGUCCACCACAUCUGGUCAAUUUGUCAAUUAUAACGGGGAUAGGGUGCGUUGGUAG